CGCUGGGUGUGGGGCGGCUCCCGGGCCGGGGAUGGCGGCGGCCGCGGCUGCGGCGGCUCCGGGACGCGAGGGAGGAGCCCGGGGAGCGCCGUGAGAUGGGCCGGCUCCCAAGCCAACCGGGAGGAGACUGCUUCUUACUACAGCUGCUCAGAAGCACCACUGGAAGCUCAGGUAAUGCAGCAGAUGUGGGCACCCCAGCCAGCAGCAGAAAGGGGUGCAGGGAAGCCACAAAGAAGCCCCUUCUGAUGCCUCAAGGAGCAAGCCGACCCCUUCCAGGCUCUAGGAACACCACAAAGCAAUAUGAAACCUGUUCAUGAGAGGAGUCAGGAAUGCCUUCCACCAAAGAAACGAGACCUCCCCGUGACCAGCGAGGAUAUGGGGAGAACUACCAGCUGCUCAACUAACCACACACCCUCCAGUGAUGCUUCUGAAUGGUCCCGAGGGGUUGUGGUGGCCGGGCAGAGCCAGGCAGGAGCCAGAGUUGGCCUGGGGGGUGAUGGAGCUGAGGCCAUCACUGGUCUGACGGUGGACCAGUAUGGCAUGGUGUAUAAGGUGGCUAUGCCACCUGCCACCUUCUCACCAACUGGCCUCCCAUCCGUGGUGAACAUGAGCCCCUUGCCCUCCACGUUCAAUGUAGCGUCUUCACUGAUUCAACAUCCAGGAAUCCACUAUCCCCCAAUCCACUAUGCUCAGCUUCCGUCCACCUCUCUGCAGUUUAUUGGGUCUCCUUAUAGCCUCCCCUAUGCCGUGCCACCUAAUUUCCUACCGAGUCCCCUCCUUUCUCCUUCUGCCAACCUUGCCACCUCUCACCUUCCUCACUUUGUGCCAUAUGCCUCACUCCUGGCAGAAGGAGCCACCCCUCCACCCCAGGCUUCGUCCCCAGCCCACUCAUUCAGCAAAGCCCCCUCUGCUGCCUCCCCACCUGGGCAGUUGCCACAUCACUCAAGUACUCAGCCACUGGACCUUGCUGCAGGUCGGAUGCCCAUUUAUUAUCAGAUGUCCAGGCUGCCUGCUGGGUAUACCUUGCAUGAAACCCCACCAGCAGGUGCCAGCCCAGUUCUUACCCCUCAGGAGGGCCAGUCUGCUCUGGAAGCAGCUGCUGCCAAUGGAGGACAGAGACAGCGAGAGCGAGAUUUAGCAAGACGGGAAAGUGAAGCCCUUGACUCCCCCAACAGCAAGGGCGAAGGCCAGGGACUGGUGCCAGUGGUGGAAUGUGUGGUGGAUGGACAGUUGUUUUCAGGUUCUCAGACUCCACGGGUGGAGGUGAUGGUGCCAGCACACCGGGGGACUCCAGAUACUGACCUCGAGGUCCAGCGGGUGGUUGGCGCUUUAGCUUCUCAGGACUAUCGUGUGGUGGCAGCUCAGAGGAAGGAUGAACCUAGCCCCCUCAACCUGUCCCAUCAUACCCCUGACCAUCAGGGUGAGGGGCAAGGGUCAGCCAAGAACCCAGCAGAGAUGGUAGAAAAAAAUCAGGCUCGAGGCUUCUACUCUCAAUCCCAUCAGGAACUGAUGAAACAUAGACCUUUACCCAAAGCAAUGGUUGUAGCCAAUGGCAACCUGGUGUCCACUGGAACUGAUCCAGGCCUGCUGCCCAUGGGCUCAGAGAUCCUGGUGGCUUCAAGUCUGGACAUGCAGGCCAGAGCCACCUUCCCAGAUAAGGAGCCAACGCCACCCCCCAUUACCUCCUCCCACUUGCCCUCCCAUUUCAUGAAAGGCGCCAUCAUCCAGCUGGCCACGGGGGAGCUGAAGCGGGUGGAGGACCUCCAGACCCAGGAUUUUGUGCGCAGUGCCGAAGUGAGCGGGGGGCUGAAGAUUGACUCUAGCACAGUUGUGGACAUUCAGGAGAGCCAGUGGCCUGGAUUUGUCAUGCUGCAUUUUGUGGUUGGGGAGCAGCAGAGCAAAGUGAGCAUCGAGGUGCCACCCGAGCACCCCUUCUUUGUGUAUGGCCAGGGUUGGUCCUCCUGCAGCCCUGGGCGGACUGCACAGCUCUUCUCUCUGCCCUGCCAUCGGCUACAGGUGGGAGAUGUCUGCAUCUCUAUCAGUUUACAGAGCUUGAACAGUAACUCAGUUUCUCAGGCCAGCUGUGCUCCCCCAGGCCAGCUGGGUCCCCCCCGAGAAAGGCCUGAGAGGACAGUCUUGGGACCCAGAGAACUAUGUGACAGUGAGGGGAAAAACCAGCUGUCAGGAGAGGGUUCCUGUGUGGUAGAGCCCACCCAGCCUGAGCCUGGUGCUCAGGCCUGCUGGCCAGCCCCAGGCUUCCAAAGAUACAGCAUGCAAGGGGAGGAGGCACGGGCCACCCUGCUCCGUCCCUCUUUCAUUCCACAGGAGGUGAAGCUGUCCAUUGAAGGGCGUUCCAAUGCAGGAAAGUGAACCUCUUUCCCAGACCAGGACUGGGGCUUUUCCUCAGAGCUGAGCCUCACCUUGAGUAGGCAGAGGAUUUGCACACUCCAAGCAGGGAAUGGCUCUCUUGGCAGUGAGAUCUGGGGGCAGGGGAGGAGUGAAGGCAGCCUUCCAAGGCAGGGCCUGCUGCUCAUUACCCCAUGGCAUCCUUUCAGGACAGCCUCAGAGGGUAUCGUGAUGGGGAGCAGCAGGCCUGGGCCAAGAAAGGAAAGGGGUGCGCAGGAUAAGAAACAUUCCAAAUAUCAGGGCCUCCUUCUUUUCCUCCCCAUCCCUAGCUCCUGCAAGGGAAAGGUCCAGGCUUUGGGAGCAGGUGGCAGAGGGAGGGAGCAAAGAAAGAGCCAAAAAUGAUCCACAGCUUAUAGUAGCAGUUAAACUGUCUGAAGUUUAUUUCUUUUCUUUUUUGUGAUGGGAGGGUGGGAGGCCCCACAGUUGGAAAUAAGGGGGUACCCACCCAGAACCCUUCUUUUGAGAGAUGUGCACUUUAAAGGGUAAUUUUGUUACAGAUGUCUAUGGCUGGGUUUGUGGGCAUGGAGCACUCUCCUUUACAGGACUGAUUGAUCCUCUGCUUCAGCCCUUCCCCAUCUCUCACCAUUCUUCCCACAAGGCUUCUAGCAACUUGGGGGUCAAGGGAGAGAUAAGCCUCUGCAGGGUUUAGAAUGAAGUCUUGCCUUGCUGGGGACCCCGUCAGGGAGCUUUGGUAGAAAGACCUGAUGGCUAGGCUGACCGGUUCUAGGCAGGGCCUCUGGGAAGGUAGCUGACCUAACAAAGCUUCUACUCGGCAUGCCUGACUUGCUUCGAAAUUUCAUUGAUUCUAGUAAUGGUGACUUUUGAAAGAACCAGUGGACCCUUUUCCCCAGGCACCUACACCCCACCUUUGUCUGUCUCUGUUGUGCCUAAGUGCCUGCGCUGCCCCCACCCUUCUGCUGCCCUAACCUCCUUGCAUGGUAUCUUGACCUGGGCCUAAUUUCUAGCUGCACUGCUCUUCCCCUCUGCAAAGUUGGCUUGUUCACUCUGACCAAGAUCUCUAGUUUUUCCUAUGUAGGGGUCUCUCUGGUUUCCCCUUCAUGUAUAUCCUCUAUUUUUAAACACUCAGAAAGAAUCAUGUCCCCUCCUCUUCUGCUCCUGAGCAGCUUGGUGGAGAAACAAGGGAACCAUGCCCUGGGUCAGGGCACGUACUCUUGGCUGGGCAAUGCCCAUGCUAGUAUUCUUACAUAGCCCCUCCCGUCUUAUUCCACUGCCUCUCCUAGCAAUCAGGCUUCUCCAGGCCAUUCCCUCCCACAGCCAGCUCUAAGGUUCUUGGAUAGUCUUGAUAACAUUUCAAUGUCUGAAGUCCCUUCGACUUCAUUUUGUGGUAGAGUAUUACUCUGUGAAUAGCAUUUUCGAUCUUAUUUGCUUCUCUCUCCCUGUCUUAAGCCCACAUUUUCUUCACAACUUUUGGCAUCAGCUUGGACAGUGGAAUUCCACUGGGUAUUGGGAAUUAGGCCCCCUACCAACUUUCAGGUGGGUGAGUGGUUUUUUGUUUUUUUGUGGGUCUUUAGACUCUUGAAGGCAACUCAGGGUAUUGUCCACCCAGCUCUUCGGUUAGGCUUCUCCCAGGGUAUGGAUCCUGGUAUUUCCUUUAUAGAUGUAUUUGGACUGGCUGAGGCCUGACCUAUAAUUAGGAAUCCCAAACCUCUGAGGUCUGAUCUCUGUCAAUGACUUCAGGCAAGUCUUGUGACCUCUCACUCUUUCACUUCCUCCCCAGCUGCCAAAUGGGGAUGAAUAAUCUUACCUACCUCCUGGGGGGAGGGGGAGUUCUGAGAAUGGAGUCAUUCUUAGUGUUCAGGUGCUAAAGGUUGUUCUCCUGGGGGAACAGAGUGACUGAAACGGGCUCGUUUGCUACAAGCCCUACACUCCAGUGUUUCAUUCCUUGAGAGCAGUUACCUGGUCAGUCAGCUUUUGUAGCCCCAUCCAAAAGAAGCUGUUGACCUGACCGUGAUUUCUUAAGGCUCCGGUUCAAUCAGAACCAAACACCAACGUUGUCUGGUAAACACUCAACCUUGUACUGCGUUUGGGAUCAUGUCCUUUCUCUUCUCUUUCCCCAUUCUCUGAAUGCUGCUUUCUCUGGUUCAUUUCCCACAAUGUGGGGCUUUGGGGUUGUCUUGAGGAAUCCUCUCAGAUGGCAGCCUGGGCAGCUCAUUCGUAGGGAUUAUUGUAUGCAUGGGUUUCUCAGAAGCACCCUUCCUCAUAGAAGGCUCAUCAACUGAAUCUAGUGACAUGUACACAGUAGACAAGAAAUGUCCAUCAAGGACCACCAACUGAGCUUCCUCCUGCAGGAACAUUGGGAGCAAACCUUGAUCUAGCCAGAUCUAGGCCAAGUAGUUUAAAAAAAAAAAAACAAAAGCCAUUCACUUGGG